GUUACUUACUUGCGCUCCGACGCCAUCCAUCUCUCGGCAGUUCAUAACAAUUAUGUUGGGCUCUGUCAUCAUUACACCCACUUGUUGCCACGGCCACGAAGUGGUCCACAAGUCAUACAGUCGGUUUGAAACCUUGAAGUCUGCCACAUGAUUCCUUCUGCGCCAACUUGAUGAUUCAUCGUGCAGUUGCUCACAAGGAGCUAGAUAAGUCCAGUUCUCCUGUGUAGAUUUUGGGUUGCAACUUCGUGAGUUUGUCUAUUUCUCGAGCGUCAGGUUUAAGAGCAGGGAUGUGGUGUUACUACUUGAAGAGGAGAGUCGAUCGGUUCAGUGAGAUCGGAAUCUGCCCGUUGGAAAAUUGCUCUGUAGGAUUACAAUUUAAGAUUUUUAGCUACAUUAUUGCUUGCGGUCAAGGAUUGUGCAUCGCCACCUCAAGCAGAAGUUGAGGUCGAGCGAUUGGCUUGUAGGGAGAAGUUUGUGAGCACAUCACAGAACAUCGAGAGGUAUAGGCGGGGUAGGGUCUUCAUUGUUAAGACUGUGGAUUGAGGAGGAGAGUUCAACUAUUUGAGAAAAUUUGCGAUCGGGGUUGGGUUUCUUGUUCGGAGAUUAAGAGAACAGUUCAGGGGAUAAAGGGUUUUAUACAGAGCCUGAAGGCGGGCGCAGCUAACAGAACACAUGAGUGAAGUAUUUUCGAGCAUCUGUGACUGAUGGCGAAGAUUCUAAGAAAGUGCGAGUUGUGUGACGGUGCAGCGGCUUUGUAUUGCGCUGCAGACAAUGCCCACAUUUGUUGGUCUUGCGAUGCUAAAGUUCACGGGGCCAAUUUUUUAGUGGCUAGGCAUACACGGUCUGUUUUAUGCAAAACGUGUGGAAUCUCAACCACUCGACGGACCACAGGGGCGAACCCCACGCCGCUUACGGGCCUUUGCUCCGGCUGCUUACAGGGGGAGGUGCAGGGCGAGUGCACUACAUAUUGUAAUCGAAGCGUGGUGAGCAGCCGAAGAGCUGCUUCAAGGUCAUGCCUGGCAGUUGCAGGGCGAUCAGACUCGGGUUCUGAAAGUGGCUGCUCAUUACAUGUUCCGAAUAGCAGCAGGGACAUGGAAUGUGUGAUUGUAGAUAGGAGUGCCCAAGAGAGUGUGUCCUCAGCUAGCUCCCAAUCGCUGAAGCGGAAGAGGUCAUUGGAUUGCCGCGCAGCAGCUUCUAAUCCGCAAGCCGAGCAGGUUGUAACAAGAACGUUGGAAGAUGUCCACAGUCGCGUUGCUCAGUUACAGUGCGAGUGUACCAGUGCCACUUCCUCUGCAAUUAAUCGAUCGAGUGCUUCCCAUGAUCAUCAAGACACCACUCUGGAAACAAGGGAUGGGAACCGAUCUCAACCGCCAGUAAUGGGAUCCAACAACGGAGCUUUCGUCACCCUCAGAUCCGCUUCAGCUAAGCGCCUGCGAAUGGAUGAUAGCGCACAGACGAGCCCAUCCCUCCGACGAAGUCAGCAAUCGGCAGCUCUGGCCACUUCCAGAUUAACGAGAAUAUUGGCAAAGUGGCAUUGGGACCUGCAUUUAAGCAGUCCUGACACAGUUCCACUUGCGCUGCGUUUGUUUCGCAAGGCUUAUAGAGCUUUGGCCCCAGCUGUCCUCUCGAAUGCAGGAACGAGCGUCGUCCUAGCCGCUUGUCUGCUGUUAGCCGCGGGAUUAGACGAAGCCCAAAUCACUGCUCCCAAGGCAAGUGACCUUGCAGCUUUUGCUGGUGUGUCCACGAGAACACUGUGCAUAACAGAAAUCCAUUUAGUAGCACUUCUAGGACGGAGAAGGUCUGCAGUCUGGGCUGGGACUCGCAACUAAAAUCAAUCGCUACAACUCCACUAUCAUUCAGAGAGGUUUGCUUUUGUGAGCUCCUCCAUAGCUUAGGGAAUUCUUGAUUAAUCCAGGUGUAGUACCAACCUGACCAGAGCUCUCCUUUUGAUAGAGGUCUCGACUACAUGAGCUGAGCUCUAGAUUAUGGUUGCGAGGAUUUCAGAUGGUAAGGAAACAUCUGGCACAAUCAUUCCGGGCCAGUGUGUAUAGCUAAACCUACAACAUUCAACAGGGACCACGUCUUUACACUGUGCAACCGCCAUUCUUCUUCACAAGGUUGCAAAACCUAUUGAACCAUUUCUUCAGCUUAUUACUGUCUCAAGGGUGGUUUUCCUCUCAGCACUCAGUUUCUCAAUAGUAAACUAACGCUAAUGAUAUGAUCACAACUGUUUUAAAGUUAGCCUCUGAUACAGAGAAGUCCGUGAGGGCCACAGUACUGUGGUGCCUGGGCAUGAGGGUGAAAUAGAAACACCCACAUAUUGCUUGCUUGCUGCAGCUCCCUGUCAGCCAUGACAGUUACCUUAUACUCACAGACAGCAAGAGAGGCAGAGAGGAGGAGGAGCUAGCCGAGAAUUAUUGUUACAUUUAUAACUUUAAUUGUUUUAAUUGUUUUAAUUGUUUUUUUCUUUUA